AAAAAGGUAAAGUAAACUCAUCGUCUUUUCCUUUUUUAUCAUCAUCCGUAGAUCCCCUACCUAUCCAUUGAAUACUUCCAAACUGCAGCGACAAAAUUCAAAUGAUUUAAGGAGAGAUUUAAAGUUCUUCAUUGUUUUUGGGGGAAAAAGAGAGAGAGGCAUACUCUGCGAUGGGUCUUUGCACUUCCAAACCUUCCUCAAACCCAUCGUUUUCUCGUAAUUCCAAUUCAAGGAAUACCCCAAUCCAUCCCCGGAAUAACGACAUCCACACUAAGUCCAACUCUAUUCCACCUUCUCCGUUACCUGAUGUACUGAACGCUAACCAAAACCACAACCACAAGGAUGAUCAAGCUAAACAAGACAAGGAGACUUCAAAUUCCAGCAAUGAAUUCAAGAAAUCACCCCUUUUCCCGUUUUAUAGUCCUAGUCCAGCUCACUACUUGUUCUCCAAGAAGUCUCCGGCGAGAUCGUCCGUCAAUUCCACCCCAAAACGGUUUUUCCGGAAGCCGUUCCCUCCUCCUUCACCGGCCAAGCAUAUCAGGGCAGUUCUUGCUCGGCGGCACGGCUCUGUCAAGCCGAAUGAGUUGAUACCGGAAGGAAGUGCCGACGGGGAUUGUCCGGUGCGAGCCACCGGUACUGGUCUGGAUAAGAGCUUCGGCUUUUCAAAGCACUUUGAGAGCAAGUAUGAGCUCGGAGAAGAGUUAGGGAGAGGCCAUUUCGGUUACACUUGUGCGGCGAAAGUUAAGAAAGGAGAGCUUAAAGGACAACAGGUUGCCGUUAAAGUGAUACCUAAAGCGAAGAUGACUACAGCAAUUGCCAUAGAGGAUGUUAGAAGGGAGGUUAAAAUACUGAGAGCUCUGUCUGGACAUAACAAUUUAGUUCAUUUCUAUGAUGCACAUGAGGACCACGAUAAUGUCUACAUAGUAAUGGAAUUAUGUGAAGGAGGGGAACUCUUGGACAGAAUUCUGUCAAGGGGUGGAAAAUACACUGAGGAUGAUGCAAGAAAUGUGAUGAUUCAGAUUCUUAAUGUUGUUUCCUUCUUUCACCUGCAGGGUGUUGUGCACCGCGAUCUUAAACCCGAGAAUUUCUUGUUUACAUCAAAGGAUGAAAAUUCGCAAUUGAAGGCCAUAGACUUUGGCUUGUCUGAUUUUGUGAAACCAGAUGAAAGGCUUAAUGACAUUGUUGGUAGUGCAUACUAUGUUGCACCAGAAGUUCUACAUAGGUCAUAUAGUACGGAGGCAGAUGUCUGGAGUGUAGGUGUGAUUGCAUAUAUUCUGUUGUGUGGUAGUCGUCCAUUUUGGGCCCGGACAGAAUCUGGGAUAUUCCGAGCUGUUUUAAAAGCUGAUCCAAGUUUUGAUGAAGCACCUUGGCCAUCUCUAUCUUCUGAGGCUAGGGAUUUUGUGAAACGCUUACUGAACAAAGACCCAAGGAAAAGAUUGACUGCAGCCCAAGCCUUGAGUCAUCCCUGGAUAGAAAAUUAUAAUGACGUGAAAGUACCUGUGGAUAUACUUGUAUUCAAACUCAUGAAGGCUUACCUACGUUCCUCAUCUCUUAGGAAAGCUGCAUUAAGGGCUUUGUCUAAAACUUUGACUGUGGAUGAGCUAUUUUACUUGAAGGAGCAGUUCGCACUAUUGGAACCAAACAAAAACGGCACUAUAAGCUUGCAAAAUAUUGAAGUGGCCCUGAUGAAAAACGCAACAGAUGCUAUGGAGUCUCGCAUUCCUGAAUUUCUAGCAUCACUAAAUGCACUUCAAUACAGAAGGAUGGACUUUGAUGAAUUCUGUGCAGCUGCAUCAAGUGUUCAUCAGCUCGAGACUCUUGAUAGAUGGGAACAACAUGCUCGUUGUGCUUAUGAACUUUUCGAGAAGGAUGGAAAUAGAGCUAUUGUCAUUGAUGAACUAGCUUCGGAACUCGGACUGAGCCCAUCCGUGCCGAUUCACUCUGUCCUCCAUGAUUGGAUUCGUCAAACCGAUGGAAAGCUAAGUUUUCUCGGAUUUGUUAAGUUAUUGCAUGGUGUAUCUAGCCGAACCUUUGCAAAAGUUCAAUAGGAGUUAGCAACUUCAGUAAGAGCUCAACUACCCUGACUACAUAUAUAAUACUGGUAGAGGAAAUGUUGCGGGCACAAGCUUAUAAAAAAAACACACGAUUGAUACCCGGUGCAUCUGCAAUUUAACAUAGGACAAAGGUGUAAGAAUUUGAUGUUUUCAACUGUAAAAUUGUAGCUAAAAAAAUGUGUUAAAUUGCAGAAGUUGAGAAUAUUUCUCAACUGGUUACAAGAGACAUAAUCUGACAUAUUUCGGCCAGCCUCAUCAGACCAUGAUUGUAUCAUCUUCUUGUCCCCUCUGUUCUAUAAUUAGUAAUGAAAAGUUCUUGCUC